CCAGACGGCGUCUGGCGUCCAUCGGCAGCUGAGUGAGGGAAGCUCGCGUGCGCCUGAUGGCCGGACGAUUUCUUCCUUUUCUUCGGACAAAACCGUGUCCAAACUAAAGAUGCAGUUCAUGCUUCUAUUCAGCCGGCAGGGCAAGCUGCGGCUGCAGAAGUGGUACGUGCCCAUGUCGGACAAGGAGAAGAAGAAGAUCACCAGGGAGCUGGUCCAGACCAUCCUGACCCGCAAGGCCAAAAUGUGCAGCUUCCUGGAGUGGAGAGACCUCAAGAUUGUCUACAAGAGAUACGCCAGCUUGUACUUCUGCUGCGCCAUCGAGGAGCAGGACAACGAGCUGAUCACGCUGGAGAUCAUCCACCGAUACGUGGAGCUGCUGGACAAAUACUUCGGCAGCGUGUGCGAGCUGGACAUCAUCUUCAACUUUGAGAAGGCCUACUUCAUCCUGGACGAGUUCCUGCUGGGCGGCGAAGCCCAGGAGACGUCCAAGAAGAACGUGCUGAAGGCCAUCGAGCAGGGUGACCUGCUGCAGGAGCCCCGUCAUGAGUACUUUAAUGUGCCUGUGUACUGACCGGCUGCUCCUGUGCCGCCGCCGCCGCCGCCGCCCACCCUGCCCGUACUGUGCCCGCCAGCGUGCCCGCGCCAUGCAUGCCCCCCCCCCAGCUCAUUUCUCUCUGCACGUUGUCCUUGUGCCUUGUCUCUGGUGCCCCCCCCGACUGCACCCCGCCGGCAUGACGCACCGCAAGCUUCUUAACUUAACUUACAAAUUAAAUGUAGUCCGCGACGGAGUUUAAUUUGUUAUGCAGCUAAAUUUACUCUUACUGUAAACAUUUUGUAGUUUUUUUUUCCUUUUUUUUUUUUGGUGGGGGGGGGGGCUCAUUAAUAUAUUGUUGCAAGUCACAAUUUUACUUGUUUUUCGGAAAUAUCACAAACAUUAGCUAAUUAUUGGAGGGUGUUAUCAUUGCCAUGGGUGGAAAAAAUGUUUUUUUUUUCUUUUGUAUAUAUAUAUAUAUAUAUAUAUAUAGGGUGUCCCAAAAAAAUGUAUACACACAGUUUAAAUAAUUGUAAACUUGAUGUUUAUUAUAAUUCAAAUAAUUUUAACAUGUAAAAGAAUUUACAAAUAUUAUUUAAAGUGUGCAUAAUUUUUUGGACACACACACACUUAUAUAUAUAUAUAUAUAUAUAUUAUUAUUAUUCUUAUUAUUUUUAAUAAGAAGGCAUCAGAAAAAAAUAUAGCAAAGAUAAGAAAAAAGAAAUCAGCGAAUAGUUGAAUCAGUGGAGCCCAAACAGCAUUUCAUUUUUUUCUGAUAAUUUCUUUCAGCGUUAGUUACUUGUUCUUUUAUCUUCUCUUUUUGCAGUUUUUAAAAUUGUAUGUAUGUAUUUAGAAGCAUGUCUUGACGAGCAAAAACAAUCCAAUAGAAGAGUCGCUUUACAUGAAUUUUUUUUAGCGUGACAAAAUGACACGAUUAUUUGCACUUUUUACACUGUUAUUGAAAGGUGUCGUUCGGCCUCUACAGAAUUAUGACUGAUAUUAAAAUGAAGUUGACAAAUGGACAUAAAUUUGCAAUCUGACUAACCAACAAAUCACCGGCAGCCCUCCCAGUGAACAUGAAUAUUCGGCGUGUAUCGCCGUCAAUGGCAGUCAGUGACUUUUAAUGAUAUCCUGUAGUACAAUAGUUUGAUGAAAUGGAGGUUUAUGAAAAAUAAAUGUUUUCUGGUUGGUAUUGGG